CAUUACAUAUUUCAGAAAAUGGGAAAAAUUAAAGGAGGUCCAGUGGUCGAAAUGAAUGGAGAUGAGAUGACGCGCAUCAUCUGGGACUUGAUUAAAGAGAAAUUGGUCCUACCAUUUGUUGACCUUGAACUACAUGAAUAUGACCUAAGUAUACAGAACAGAGAUGCAACGGAUGAUCAAGUGACCAUUGAUGCUGCUCAUGCUAUACAGAAAUACAAUGUAGGAAUUAAGUGUGCAACCAUUACACCUGAUGAGAAAAGAGUGGAGGAGUUUAAAUUGAAGAAGAUGUGGAAAUCUCCAAAUGGCACAAUACGUAAUAUUCUUGGAGGUACUGUAUUUCGUGAGGCUAUCAUUUGUAAAAACAUACCCAGACUGGUUCCAGGUUGGAAGAAAAGUAUUGUUAUAGGACGUCAUGCUUAUGGAGAUCAGUAUAAAGCCACAGAUUUUGUUGUACCAGGUGCUGGUAAAUUAGAGAUGAAGUUCACACCAUCUAAUGGUGGCGAAGAAAUGAAAUACACUGUUUUUGAUUUCCAAGAUGGAGGAGGAGUUGCUAUGGGAAUGUAUAACACAGAUAAGAGUAUAACAGACUUUGCCCAUUGUUCCUUCACAUUUGCCUUACAGAAAGAAUGGCCAUUGUAUCUAAGUACAAAGAAUACUAUCUUGAAGAAAUACGAUGGAAGAUUUAAAGAUAUAUUCCAGGAAAUUUAUGACAGUCAGUAUAAGAAAAAGUUUGAAGAUAAGAAAAUAUGGUAUGAACACAGACUUAUUGAUGAUAUGGUAGCUUAUGCCAUGAAAUCAGAAGGAGGCUUUGUUUGGGCCUGUAAAAAUUAUGAUGGUGACGUUCAAUCAGAUUCUGUAGCUCAAGGCUUUGGAUCCCUUGGAAUGAUGACCAGUGUAUUGAUCUGCCCUGAUGGUAAAUCUAUUGAAUCAGAAGCUGCCCAUGGGACUGUCACUAGACAUUACAGAUUCCAUCAACAGAACAAAGAGACAUCAACUAACUCUGUUGCAUCCAUAUUUGCAUGGACAAGAGGAUUAGCACAUAGAGCUAAAAUAGAUGAGAAUUCUGAGCUGAAGAAAUUUGUUGAAAGUUUAGAAGCAGCCUGUGUUGGUGUUAUAGAGGCUGGAAAGAUGACAAAAGAUUUAGCUAUCUGUAUCAAAGGAAUGGACAGUGUGGUAAGAAAAGACUACCUAAACACCUUUGAAUUCAUUGACGCAGUAGCAGAGGAUUUACAGAAAAGAUUACAGAGUUGACUAGAAGAUAGCAAACUUUAGGGACUUACAAUUUAAGGGUGAUCAUUCUAAGUGUUCAAAACAUACCAUUGUCACUGCCCAAUGGCCAAGUAGUCAGACUGACCUUCAUUAGACAUAUUUAAAACUAACACAUUCCUGUAUUUAUUUGACAAAGCUAUUCAUGCAUUUUGCCAUGACCUCUUCUUUUAAUGGAAAAGCUGUAAUCAACCUUUCAAACAUUUUUUGCUUUUUAUUAUUUAUAAAAGGGCAGAUUUUUUUUUCUAUCUGAAAUUGUUUCUGGGAUGCAAUUUCAUUUUAUAGCAUAAUCAUGUAUAAAAGUGUAUGCCUGUUUUUCUAGUACUAUACAUGUUGUUGAAAACACAUAUUAAUGAUUUUUAAAGUGUUUUGCAAGUAAAAAUAGCAGAUAUGAUUUGUGUGUUACCUGUUUAAAACAGAAACCUUUCUGUUAAUGUGAUUUAAUAAGCAUUAUUAUUGAUAGACUUGAUUUUAAAUGAUUAUCUAUGUUGUGGUAUAAAUAUUAUGAUUGUUAAGAAUGAUUGUAUACUAUUUAUCUUUUCUUUAAGAUUUUUUUUUAACUUUUAAGUAUACAUGCUGGAAAUUCAUGUGAUUUAUUUUGGGUAGUUACUUUAUUAUUUAGAUGUUUUAAUUUUUUUUUAAACUCUUAUAUGUUUGAUACAUAAAGCUUUUAAAUGGCAGAUUUUAAAUCAAGCUUUACAUAUUUUAAUAUUACUUAACUUAAAUUUAAAUUUGUAAGAAUAUUUAGUCAUUUUAAUUUAUCGGAUUGCAUAUUGUAAUUUGCUUUUAAAAUAUGUUGUUGUUAUAAUUACUUCUUCAGUAUUAACCAGAUUAAUAAUAUAUAAAUGAAUAAUGUGAUGAAAUUGUGCAAUCAUGUUCUUUUUAAGAUAAAUUUAUGUAAAUCAAAAUUGAUUGUGUAUAAAUGGCAUUUGUUUGUGUAUGUGAUUAUUUUCUAAAAAUUAUUAAAUGAUAACACAGAUUUAAAUAUGUAUGGCAUUUUUCAUAUCCUUAAUGUCAGAACAAAAUAAUUAUGUUAAAAUAUUUUUUAUGAACUUAGUAAUAUUUUCAUAUUAAUUGUGUGAAUUCUGUUUACAAAAACAAAUUAUGAACGUAAAACAGACGCUACAACUUCGUUUUUAUUCUACAAUAUUUUCAUACUAAAACUAUUUUCUUUCAUUGAAGGACAUUAAAUAAUUAAUUUUGAAUGAUCCAAGCUUCAGGCUUUCUGUUAUUACAUGUUUAAAAUGAAUUAAUUGAUAAAUACUGCAAUAAAUGAUAAAAAAUUGCUUUUAAGAUAUAAGCAGUAAACAUGUGUUGUGUUUUUUUUAUGGGUGUUUUUGUGUAUUAUUUGAAUUUGUUAAUGGUGUGAAUGUUUUCAUUAGUUAUUACAAGGCAAUCUUUUCAGUACACUGUGAUGAUCUAAAAAUUAUUUUAAAAUAAAAGUUUAAUUCUA